CAUCGCAGUGCCGUUGGCGGAGCGACACACAACCAGGACAACCAUGACAGCGCCGACAAGGAAACAAGUGCUACGGCUAAUUUGUCAGUUCGGGGCUUUUAUUCUGACCCGAUUUGGAUUUUGGAAUUGCUUUAGCAUGCUGAUGCUGUUCGCCGAGCGAGCCGACGCCAAAAGAAAGCCAGACAUCCAGGUGCCUUACCUGUAUGUGGACAUGGGGGCCGCGGUGCUGUGUGCCAGCUUCAUGUCCUUUGGGGUGAAGAGGAGGUGGUUUGCCAUGGCUGCUGCUUUGCAGCUGGCCAUCAGCACUUAUGCAUCUUACGUUGGUGAACAGGUGCAUUAUGGUGAUUGGCUGAAGGUACGAAUGUAUUCCAGAGCGCUGGCCAUUAUAGGAGGCUUUCUGGUCCUAGCCAGCGGGGCAGGGGAGGUGUACAGACAGAAACCUCGCACCAGAUCUCUGCAGUCUACUGGACAAGUUUUUCUCGGGGUCUAUCUAAUCUGCAUGGUGUACUCCCUCCAGCACAGCAAGGAGGACAGGCUGGCGUAUCUGAACCACAUCCCCGGGGCAGAGAUCACUUUGAUGCUGCUCGUCGUGCUGUUUGGGGUUUUGGCCCUGGCUUUCCUCUCCGGCUGCUACAUCCGCCUGGCCGCCCAGAUCCUGGCCACCGUCCUGCCACUGGUGGUCCUCUUCAUCGACGGCAACCUAGGCUACUGGCACAAUACUCGCAGGGUGGAGUUCUGGAACCAGAUGAAACUGAUCGGGCACAACGUGGGCAUCUUCGGCGCCGUGCUGAUCCUCGCCACCGACGGCUGAGCGCUCAAGCUCCCACGGACAGCUUGACAGACUGAGGUGUCGGUGCUGGAUGACGAUCGUAGGCCUGAUUUUGGACUCAAGCCACCAUCGCUCAGUGGCCUCUCAGGACUCAAACAAUCCACGUGAGAUGGUUAGACACUUGCACAAUGUAAGCCAUGUUGACUGUCACUGUUUACCUGCAGUCAGCUUCUUUUUUUUUUCUUGCAAGAAAAUAAACAUGAGCUUCCUUUUUGCAGUUCCAAUAAUUUAUUUAGAUUCAUGUUUACAUUUUGUCUCUGUUGUAUUGUUAUGCUCUGAAACCUGACACUGAGUAUUGGUAAAACGUCUACAGGGAAAGCUAUCUUGGAUUCGAAAAAAGUUAACGGUCAUAUUGCGGUUUUACACUAAAUGGGUAAAUAUUUUAUUAUGUAUGAUGGAAGAAAUAAAGGGAAACUUGAAGUUUAACUUAUCUGGUAUUGCCUAUGUCUGAAACAGGAGGGCUACAAUUAUGACCAUUUUGUAUUAUACACUUUUUUGUAUGUUGUUUUGCAUUUGUUUGAACUGUGCAUUCCUAUGAAUGUAGGUCGCCAUGUUACUUCAUAAUAAGCCCUGGUUUUGUAUCUGCUGUGUACAUACUGUUCACAUUUUUUAUGAAACUCUGUUCAGUUCCCAGAAAAGUGAGCAAAAUGAAGAUUAUCAUCCAUGUUUGCAAAAAUAUGUUAAACAUGUAAAUCAAACUACUUAAUUCCACUGACAAGUGCACAAAAUGCUGUUUAAAUAAAUCUGAUUUAAUUAGA